AUGGAUGUUGGUAAUUAUAUUUAUUUUGUUAUCUCUGUUUUCAGAGUUUAUACCUUAAAAAUUAAAGACUCGAUUGAGGUUAAUCUAGAUUUGAAAGAAAAUGACUUUGCUAUAAAAAAUUUCCCUAACCCUUAAGAAAUAGAUAUGAUAUUUAUCUACUCUUUUCAAUUUAAAGCAAAACAUCGGUAAAAUUUGCUUUUUUUGGGUUCUUUUUUUUAACCCCCUUUAAAUUGGAACAAAUUUGUUUUUCAAUUGAUGAUGAAAAUAUUAAUUUCUAUAAAUUAGUUUUGACCUAAUUUAAUUAUAGCUCAUACACCUUAAUAGAUCUCUAUACCCCAGCAGAAUACCGACCAGAAAAAAUAUGGCACAGGGCACCUGCCUUAUACAGUAUAAGUCUGAUUAGGCACCUUAAAACCAUAAACGGAGAUUUGUCAUUUUCGUUUUUACUUUUCAAAAAAGCUGACAAGUACAAAUUAAUUUUGGAAAUUAAAAUGGAUGGCCAAUAAUGAUCUAAAAUAUUUUAGGGGCUAUAGCAAAAUGCAUGUAGAAUGUUUAUUCAAACAGUUUUUACACUGAAUUUAUUAAUGUUUUAUUAUUUAUUCGAUUAUGAGAAAAAGAGAGAAAUGCUGCUCAUGCAGCGAUAGAUAGAUUAAUAAUAAUAUUAAUGUUUUAUUCAACUCUUCAUAAAAAUAAAUUAAAAUUCAAAGUAUUGUGCUUAAUUUAUGUUUUUCAAAAAAAAAUAAAGAUAAAAUACAAAUUUUAUAAAUUAGUUUUAGAGAAAAAGUGCAAGUAGAAAUCUAUUUAAACAGCUUUACAUUGAAUCAAUUUAUAUUUUAUUUAAUUCUUUGUAAAAAAAUAUAUUAAAAUUCAAAUUACUGUGCUCGAUUUAUAUUUUUUAGAGAAAAACCACUAAUACCAUUUGUAAUUUUAUACUAAAACCUCUUAAUAAUAAAACGAUUUUGCUAUUAUUGGCAGGAGAACUCCUCCCCUUUAAAUUGAAACAAAAAAUCCUGUUCCAAUUUAAAGGGGGAUUAUUUUUUUUCAAAAAUGUUAUAUUUUAUUAUGAUAAUUAUUUUUAUAGAAGAAACCCCAAAUAAUUCCAAAUAUAAUUAAUAUUUGUAAUUAUUGUGAGAGCUAGUAUCUUGAUAUUAUCCUUAACUUGAUUAAACUGCUCAAUUAUAUGGAUUAUAAUUUUCAUAAAAACUGCUUACGAUUCUUUGAUUUCUACGCUUGGAUAA